CACUUAGCUAGCUGUCUCCAACCUCACUCUCCUUCACUCUCCCUUUAAAUAUCCAUCUCUUCUCCACCACUUCUCCGCCGCCGUCUUCACCGCUACACCGCCCCCGAAAUGUCUCCCCUUCAUCUUCAUCUUCUCUUUCCUCUUUCACUUCUCCUCAUCCUUACAACCCAUAUUCAGGCGACAGGAUCAGCCUCUGUCCACAACCCCAAACUUCCACCGCCGCCUCUUUCCUCCUCCAAGAAAUUCGAAGGCUCCUCCGAUUUGGUCAAUCUUCGGUACCACAUGGGGCCGGUUCUCUCCUCCUCUCCCAUCAACAUUUACAUUAUUUGGUACGGCAAAUGGGCUCUUCCCCAGAAGAUUCUCAUCAAAGAUUUCUUGUCCUCCAUCUCCACCGCCGCUCCUUCGCCCUCCGUCUCCGAGUGGUGGCGAACCGUCUCUCUCUACACCGACCAAACUGCCGCCAAUGUCUCUCGCUCCGUCGUCGUCGCCGGCGAGUAUUCCAAUCUCCGAUACUCCCUCGGCACCCAACUCACCCGUCUCUCGAUCCAACAAGUCAUAGCCUCCGCCGUCAACUCCGGAUCUCUUCCCGUCGACCACCGCAACGGAAUCUAUUUAAUCCUAACAUCCGGCGACGUAAUUGUACAAGAUUUCUGCCGAGCCGUUUGUGGAUUUCAUUACUUCACCUUCCCAUCGAUGGUCGGUUACACGCUGCCGUACGCCUGGGUCGGAAACUCCGGCGAGCAAUGUCCAGAAGUAUGUGCUUAUCCGUUCGCCGUCCCGGGGUACAUAGGCCGAGGAGGGACGGUGGCUCUGUCGCCGCCGAACGGGGAUGUGGGGGUGGACGGAAUGAUAAGUGUAAUCGGACAUGAGUUGGCGGAAAUGUCAUCAAAUCCGUUGGUGAAUGCUUGGUACGCGGGAGAGGAUCCGACGGCGCCAACAGAGAUUGGGGAUCUGUGUGAGGGGUUGUACGGAAGCGGGGGCGGGGGAGGGUAUAUUGGAGCGGUGAUGAAGGAUAGAGAAGGGAGGAGUUAUAAUUUGAAUGGGGGAAAUGGACGGAGGUUUUUAGUGCAGUGGCUAUGGAGUCCGGUUUUGAAAGCCUGUGCAGGGCCCAACGCUUUGGACUGAGGAAGAAGAUGAAGUUUUCUUUUUUUCUUUUUCCUUUUUAAUUAAAUGGUAUAUAGAAAAUAAGGAUACUAAGCUUUUUGCUUAUGUUUUUUCUUUCUUUUUUUUUAAAAAAAAAAUACAAUAUACAUAGCAUAAGUAUACAUUUUAUUUUUGGUUGUUACUAUGCAACACCUAUUGUAAAUAAUAAACUUUGCUAAAAUAAUAAAAUUAAUAUUGUUUGAAUCGAA